AUGAUUUUUCUCGAAGAACAGAUUUAUACUUGUGCCAUCAAUUUGCUCAAUAGCACGCUGGGCUACGGCAUGUCCCGGCAAAUGCCAACGCGCAAGAGCGUGCCGGUGCCGCCCCCGAGCCAUCUCGCGCUUUUGGGUACGCUGGUUGUUCAUCCGUUGCAUACGACUCGUGCAGACAAGCCGGACCACCUGAUCGUUUCCUCCCUCGCGCUUAAUUACUUGCGCAACGUCCUGACCAUCGCUGGACCCAUCAACGCCGGAUUCCGCGUCGCCUUCCAGUUCCACUCGACACCGAGAUGGGCCCGCCAAUCCGAUCGUGCUGGCUCUGCCAGCGAUAGCGACAUGUCUGACGGCGACUCGAACGGCGACCUGGAUCACUUGCGGGGUAGAAUGGCAAAUGAGGCGAGUGUUUGGAGUCGAGGCCAGGACUUGUGGUCCACGGUGGGCUGGGCAUUCAACACGGCGACAGUGCAUCCUCACCGGUGGCGCUACUGGAAAGUGUGGCUCGGGCUCAUGCUCGACGUCCUCGAUGCCGACUGGGCCGAGAGGGAGAGACUUGAUCAGGAGGCCCACGAAACCAGUGGCAGGCGCGGACACGAGUCCGUUACGUGGCGCAGUGAAUCCAUGAUUUACAUGUAUAUGAAUCAGGAGGACGGUCGUCAGACGGGACACAAGCGAAUUAUGAAAGCGCUCUUUGCCGACGGGGGAGGCCAAUCCUCAUCUGCCUUCUUGGAGGUCUUCGAAAAGGAGCCAAGGGGGCCUAAGAAGGCGUCGAGAAAACGGAAAUGGGAGCAAGCCCUCGACCUGGAAAGCGACAAGCUCGGCGACUACUUUGACUCUGAUUCGAUAUCAUCCAGUAUUUCUGAGCCGCCAACGCCGGAAAAGGGCCGCGGCGCGAGCAGCGUCGUCUCGUUUGGCUGUUCGAAUCCCGGUCUAAUCGAAUCAAUACGUCUCCGACUGAGGUUCUUCAGGCUUCUCUCUGCUGCCACCUCGGUGCUUCGCUGGCGGUUGGACCUUAACCGGCUCCACGAAGACAUUGCGGCAGGCAUCAAGCUGCUCCCUCUGCAGAUGUUCGCUCUGUUUCUGUCACAACGGGAGAAUCCACUGCUGCCCGAAUCAUAUGUCACCAUCAUCAAGGAGCUGUUCCAUUUGCUGCUGCCUUCCCGGCACAAGAAUCCUGCAAAUGCGGAUCCAGAAGGCCAUGCCAUGGGCAGCUUGAGCAUACCCAUGCUGGAGCACUGCUACAUUUCGUUGCCUGCCAAUACGGUCGGGUUGGAGGACAACGCGAAGCUGUCUCUGGUGGUUGAACACGCGAUGCAGCUGUUAUGGAAUUGCGAAAUGGCGGAAUACACGGACAGUUUUGCCAAAGCAGCCUUGAGAGGCGUCGAGGCGCGAGAGGCAAAGGCGAAGAAGAGGGGAAUGGGCAAGCGCCGCGCACAUGCCCGCGCUAUCGUGGCCCGAGAUGUCCUGGCUGGCUCUGCCGAAAGAAUCCUCAAAGGCAACAUCCUGCACCGGGACAUUUCCGAGGACAACAUCAUAACCGACCGCAAAACGACUGGCCACAUGGGCAUGCUGAUCGAUCUGGACCUUGCCAAGGAGCUAUCUUCACUGCAGCCAGAAAGUGAGCUGGCGCCGAGUAGCAUUGCUGUCCCCACCAGGCAGCAGCGGAAGGGUCCGAGUUUCCUCGCCCAACCCGUUCCCCACAACUCGUCUCUACUACAGAUGGCGCCCGGCGUCGAUUGCAUCUUCCAAAUCACCUCAAACAAGCGUCGCCUUUUAAGAUACAAGGAGGGUGGCGAUUUUAUUGUCGACAGCUCGGCCAUAAGCUUCGGGACUGACCCGUACCAUGAAUCGAUGGCCGACAACGCCGACACGCAUAGGGACUGCACGCCUUCGCCACAGUUUGUCUGCCGGGAUCUCCUCCGCAUCAUCAUCGGCUCUAGGCCAAUGGAUGCACAUCUUCGCUAG